CAUUACGACGACGACAACAGCACCGACGAGAAGAUCACCUACCUCCCCAGGCACGCACGUUUGCAGACCGGCGCACCGACAGCACGACAACAGCAAAGCCGGAGGCCAGCACACCAUCUCUGCAGCCCAAUAAGACAAAUAAUUCCUCCGAAAAUGACAGCAAAACGCUCACCAUUACGACAGCGACAACAGCACCGACGAGAAGAUCACCUAACUCCCCAGCACGCACGUCUGCAGACCGGCGCACCGACAGCACGGCAACACCAAAGCCGGAGGCCAGCACACCAUCUCUGCAGCCCAACAAGAUAAAUAAUUUCUCCGAAAAAGACAGCAAAACGCUCACCAUUACGACGGCGACAACAACACCGACGAGAAGAUCACCUACCUCCCCACCGCGCACGUCUGCAGACCGGCGCACCGACAGCACGGCAACAGCAAAGCCGGAGGCCAGCACACCAUCUCUGCAGCCCAAUUCAACGGUUAAUUCCUUGGCUAGCGGUGCCACAAAAACAUUUUCAACGUCGGCGCAAGCACACCUGGGUGACAGAGAAUUAUCCACGGGCAGCGAUCUUCGUUUGCAGAGUGCAAUGCCUUCUGUGGCAAGAGGUGCUCGUCCAGUCUCCGGGGAUCGUGAGGCAUCAGGAGAUGCCCCCAGAGACGAUUCCAGUCCCGCCGAUGCGCACACCAAUGUUGAGAUGGCUGUCAGUACUACGGAGAGUCCACAAAGAGACACUCAGACCAGCCAAGGAACUCCCACUGAAUCAACAGUCGAUUCCUUGGCUCACGGUGCCACGAAUGUAAUUUCAACGUUGACGCAAGGGUACUUGGAUGACAGCGGAAGAUUGUCCACGAGCUGGGGUUUUCAUUUGCCGGUUGCAACUCCUUCCGUGGCGAGUGACGCUAACCCAUUCUCUGGAGAGCUCGAGGCGUCCGGAGAUGCGUGGGAAAAUGGUUCAAGUUUCACCGACAUGCCGACUAAUGUUGAGAUGGCUGCCAGUUCCACGCAGAAUCUACAAACAGCCACUUAUGCCAGUCAAGGACAUUUCACUGUGUUGGAUGCCACACUCGGCCACAGCAGCAGUGGGAGUGGAGCGCAGCUCCUGACGACCGAGGAGAUGAAGCUGCAGCCCUCGAGCGCACAGGAUUGGAAACAUCCCGUGCUGAUCAUUCUGAUUUUCGUCGCCGUCAUCAUUGCCACGGCUGCAUUUUGUGUCUUGAAAUGUCGAAGGAAGAAAAAGACAAAACGCUAUCCCGUGGAAACCUCCAUCCCCCUCUCGAUCCAAGAAAAGGUGAACGUGAAGGCGGUUGAUGGCGGGGAGCCGGAGAAGCAGCGCAUGGAUGGCGACGUGGUGGUCGAGGUGGUGGGAUGCAGAGGCGAGCACCCGAGUGCGUCUUACAAGGAAUACGUCAAGGGAUGUUGAAUGCGCAAGAGCUGGGCAGAAUUGCUCGUCAUCUUGAAUCCAAUCGGUCUUUUGAGCUUUUCCUUUGACAGACGCAGUACGUUGUUUACUCUCGUCGUCGCAUUAUCGUCGCCAUCCACAUUGUCAUCAUGAUCAUCAUCGGCAAAAACUGAAGAUCUUUACCCACCAAAAGCGUCACUCAAUAUUCAAUAAUAAUUUUCAGGAGGUUCCUUCUUUGCUCGUGCCGUUAGGUCAAAUUCUUCUCGAGUGUUUUGACCGCGUUUGUAACUCAGUUGUACUGUAUUUAUAAGUUGUUGUUGUUUAUUUUUAAAUAUCCCCGCAAUUAAACUGGUUCCCCCAUUCACUUGAUCAACCCGAGCAGCACGCUUGUCACGUGACCUACUCUGGCUGCCGGCGAGUGGGUCACGACCCUUCCCUGCCACGCCUCGAAGCAGAUCGAUCAAUGACAUCUCGUGUUGGCGUGCCACAGCCUCACAAGAGUUUUACAACAACUCCUACAAUAAUUAUUACUUUACAUAAAUAUAUCUUUGUUAUUUUUUUUCGAAACCUCUUUGUUGUAUUGCAUCCGACAAGACGUGUAGGCGAAUACGAGACCUCGUGACAGAAUUCCGCAGUCGUUCUUAGGCCAUAGAGUGCGAGAAUGUUGCAUGUUCCGAAAAAUAUAUACGAACCUGAUCAUUAAAUUCAUUUCUGGUGUGCCCUCAUACGAUAAAGGUAGAAUUAAAAGCAUCACAUUUCACGAGUCUUCCUGAGAUGUUGUGAACACAAUCACGCGUAUUGGUUUUGCAUCCUUUCUCAGGGUUCAGCAGAACCUUUCUAUCGAAUCUUAUUACCAUCUGUCUGUAUUAACAGGUCUGUAUUUUUAUUAAUGCUAAAAUAAAUAUAUGCAAGCUGUU